AUGAACCCGUUUUCGUCCGGUACUCGGCUGAGGUGAGCUCAGCAACUCAGCGUGUUUUCGUUGGUUUCAUCUUCAAAUGCGUGGAGAAGGAUCCAUAAUUUUUCAUUUCUGGCAUUAACUUAAUGUCCCGAGUCUCCAGUUGAAUUUUGAAAAAGCCUUUGAUGCCUGUUAACUGUCGAUCCGCAGGGAUAUGAUUCGGGCUAUACGUGCCUGCAAGACUGCAGCAGAAGAGCGUGCUGUUGUGAGGAAGGAGUGCGCUUCGAUACGUGCCGCCAUCAGUGAAAACGAUCAAGAUUACAGGCACCGAAAUUUAGCGAAACUGAUGUUCAUUCAUAUGCUUGGCUACCCCACUCACUUUGGUCAGAUGGAAUGCCUCAAAUUAAUAGCUGCGGCAGGGUUUCCUGAGAAACGAAUUGGAUAUCUGGGUCUAAUGUUGCUUCUUGAUGAACGACAGGAAGUUCUCAUGUUGGUUACAAAUUCCUUGAAACAGUAUCCAAAUGGUUUUACCGAAUGCUCUUUGUCUUUUGAUUUCACCAUUUCUCGAUAUCACGUUAGUUUGCUCAAAGUUAAUGACUGCAUUAACCCGCUGUUAUUCUGUAGAAACCUUGACCUUUCUGCAGAGAUCUCAACCAUUCCAAUCAGUAUAUCGUGGGCCUCGCUCUUUGUGCCCUAGGGAACAUAUGUUCAGCAGAAAUGGCACAUGAUCUAGCUCCUGAAGUAGAAAGGCUUCUUCAAAUUAGAGACCCAAACAUUAAGAAGAAGGUACAUUUAAAGGAGUUUCUGUGAACUGAGACUGCCGAUUUACAUCUAUGUGAGUCGUUGUUGCCGGUGGAUGCUUGCUCGAAUGCUGGUAGUUUUUGUUUACAUUAAAUGAUUAGGAAAUAUUUUCAAAGAUCUAAGUUUACUUGAUUUAUUAGUUAUUUCAUCUCUUGUUGUUUAUGAAUAGUAUACGAUCCUUUUUUUAAAGAAAAAAAAAGAUAAAACCGCAAAAAGGUAUAGCUGAUGCGAGAUGAAUAACUAAUCGACAGUAUUGUGUAACCUUGAGUAAAAUGGUGAUUUUACAAGGAUGAAAGCAGUUCAAUGGUAACAUGAAUGUGCUUGAGGGCUUUCACAUCCAUCGGGCUGAAUCAGUUAAGAAUACGGGAUAUGUUGUUGAGUGCUUCCAAAUGACACUCUCUACGUUUUUGUCUCCCUUUUAAUGGAAGAUAGCUAGAAACAUGUUAUUAUAUAUGAAAGUAAUUGGAUUCCGGCUAUACCACGGAGUUUCUUUUCUAUUUUUUUGGGAUUUAUGGUUCAUAAUUUCAAUGUUUGUUGGCUGACUUUGUUUUUGCUUACAUGGAAGGCUGCCUUAUGCUCCAUAAGGAUUAUAAGAAAAGUACCAGACUUAGCAGAGAAUUUCAUGGGUCCUGCCGCAUCUUUACUCAAGGAAAAACAUCAUGGCGUCCUAAUUGCUGGAAUUCAACUCUGUACUGAUCUAUGCAAAGCAAGUGUUAAGGCCCUUGAAUAUCUUAGAAAGGUAGGGUUCUUAUAGAUGAUGGUUAUUCAAAUGCACAGAUGUGUUAGAGUUUUUCUAAUAUUUUCAGUGGAAUUUCCUUUUAAAUACUGGAUUCUUUUAGUUGUCACUGAACUGGUCCAUGGCAUAACUUGAUCAUUUAUUUGCUUUCUCAUUCGUGUACGAGAUUUUGCAUCUGUUUUCAUGCAGAAAAGAAAUGUGGCAUAGCCGUAAGAAACGCCCAGAAGAUAACAUGUAAACGAUUCAUUUCUAAUCACCAUUAUAGCCACAACUCAAUCACGAUGAAAAGCAUUAACACUGCACCUGAGGACUAAUUUCUGUGCCUUUGUUUUUCACUUGUCAAGAGCUUUCUUCCAUUGUGAUAUCCCUGGGUGAAACCAACCUCUACUGUGCUCGAUAUUUUUUCUUUGACCUUUAGUCUAGUGUAUGCAUCUUUGGUCCCUGUAUUUUAACUCAUACAGAUAGCACGAUAGUUGGAUGUAAUGUAUGAUGCAGAUUUUAUUGUCUUGAAACUGAGGACUGCUUUUUUAGCUUCAUGCUUUCUUAAAUUUUGAAUGCAUUUAUCUUAGUUUCAUACUACUCGAUUAUUUUACAGAACUGCACAGACGUAUCAGUUCGAAUUCUCAAAGAUGUGUCAAAUAGCGCAUAUGCACCAGAGUACGAUGUUGCGGGUAUAACCGAUCCUUUCCUGCACAUCCGAGUGCUUAGACUCAUGCACAUGUUAGGUCAGGAUGAUGCAGAUGCCAGUGAAUAUAUGAAUGACAUUCUUGCGCAAGUGAGUUUCAUUGUUGUGGUUAUCUUGAUCGAAUUAUCAUUUUUUAGUUCAAUAUAAAAUUAUGAUUGAUUAGAAUUUUUGAAUGCUUCCAAACCACCGUUUCAUUGCAUAUAACUGCCGGCUGUUAUUAUAAAACUGCUUAAUAUUUCUCUUUGAUGGUUGAUGUUGGGUUUGGGAUGUUUUAAGAGUCUUCUCUGUCAGUCGUUAUAUUGUAUUAUCCCCAAUGAAGACACUAGUUCGCCUUCUCCUCUAAAACUCAAAGUUUCGGUGUGGAUGAAGUCACAGGGGAGACUCCCUGUUCAUGAUCGACUGACUACCAUUAUGGAUGGUAGUCACAAUGUGUGCAGACUCUAUGAGGAGGAAGGAGAAAUGCGGGAACAUUUUCUCACGUGUUACUCCUUAUUUAGGAGAUUUUACAAUCGUUAUCCUGUAACAUAUGUAUAUAGUAGCAAUCCUCAUGUCAUAUUGAUGAUCUUUGGCUGUGGUGGAAUAUGCAUGGAAAAGGAAGAUAGAUCACGCUUCCUUGUGUGUUGGUUCGUAUGUGUUUAUCUGGGUUAUAUAGAUGGAGACAGACAUGCACAUUUUCAGAACGGAGAGAGGUGCGUCUUUCAAGGAUUUAAAGUGGGGUCGUGACAAGAUGGAGUGGGUGAGACUGGAUGGUUUGAAGGAGAGGAGACUCUUCUUUUGAGGUUGUAUGGUUUUUAAUUUUGGUUCGACGUUAUUGGUGGACUAUGAUGACAUGUAGAAAGGUUUUUUGGUGCUCGUGGUUUACACACUUAUUUUCUUAUCUUCAAGAAUAUCGUGGCACUACAACUUUUAAUAAAACCUGUCCAUUUUUAUUUCCCUAUUCAAUACCUUUCUUAAUCUUCUGUUACUGUUUAUGUUUAUGGUGAAUCCUACCAAAUCCCGGGAAAUUUAACUGUGUUUUUUAGGCUUUGAUUUCUGUCUAGUUUCGUGCUUCUAUUUGGUCCAUGAUCAAUAAUGGGAAAAAAAGAAAAGAAAAAUCGCUUAGAUAAACAGCUAGUUGUCCUAGUAUUUUCAAUAGCCAGGGAUUUUAAGUGGUUGUAUUACUAGAAGUUUAUUGAAUACCAUUUGAACAACUGUAUUUUCUGAUUAGGUUGCAACCAAAACCGAGUCUAAUAAGAAUGCUGGGAAUGCCAUUUUAUAUGAAUGCGUUGAAACUAUUAUGGGGAUUGAAGCCACCAGUGGCUUACGUGUGCUUGCAAUUAACAUUCUGGGAAGAUUCUUAUCCAACCGUGAUAACAAUAUCAGGUGAGUUUCAUCCCGGCUGUUCCUCGAAUACUUGCUUUCAUUGUCGCAGUUUCUGGCAUUAUUAUAUUACUUUUCGUGUACGCUCAUAAUUUUAUUUAUUUUUUAAAUAGCAUGGUGACACCUUCACUUAAAUGAAAAAAUGAUCUGAAUGAUCUAUACCCACUAAAGACACGACUAUAUAAACAAAAAAUUAUCUCAAUGUAAAUACGAAAUUGAAAGCCAUCUGAAUUCUGAAAUUAUGUCACCUGGAAGGACCCAUGCUCAGGCCUUCGAAGAAACGAUGUUAUGCUAUGUGCCAUCUUAAAUGGCUACCCUGCUAGUGACACCCCUACAUGCGUCCUGUCCAUUCCCAUCAACAAUCUUUCAACUUCUCUUCUUUUACUGUUCACAAGUUUCUUGCUGGUAAGAAGCUACCUGCUCUUCUGAAUAAUCUUUGCGAGCAACCUGCAAACGCAAUGCUGUGUAUUGCAGUUCCUUGUGCUUUCUGCUGACGUAAAGUUUUGUGUUCUAGUUUGUCUUUAAGAAAGUCGUCUGCUUCCACCAUCAGAUAUGUAAAAAUUGCUGAUGUUUCAAGUAUGCUCUUUCCUAAACCUUCCUGCUUCUGCGUUCAUUUAUCUUUCGUCUUGCCUUAGACAAAUUUUCAAUUCAAUGUGAAAGGACACGGAAUUGUGUAAUUUCUUAAUCAAUGUAUAGUCGUAUUUUCAUUUUUUUUAAAAAAGUGCUAAAGCUAUUUACCAGAUCAUUUUAUUUAAAGGUAUAUUUUUGGGCACCAAAUAUGACCAGUCCUUUCAUUAAGUUCAUACAAUGGUAAAUGGCAGGAAGCAUACUUUUAGCAAGUUUUCUAGUGUUCCCUACCCUAAAUAGGAUUUACUUCUCUAGAAUUAACACUUUAGAUGAUCUUAUUUUGCUUUGCAUUUCUAUUUUUUUUAAGGAUCAUUGCCAUGUCCUCUGAACAAAAAUGUUCUUCAUAACUGUGGAGACUUCUCUUCUAAGACGUGGAUAAAGCUGAAUAAUGAUAAUGAUUUUCUUAUGGAUAACAUAUAUCUCUCAUUAUGCUAUCGAUUUACUAGUUGUUUGAUAGUCCUUUCUCCAUAAUGUGGGUUUUGAUAUGUCUAUAUGUCCACGAUUUUUUGGCAUUUUUUUCUCUACUUAAAAAUGAUUUGUAUUCUAUUUGUCUUUAUACGUAUAUUGUCUAUUGAAUUUGUGAACUAGUUUCAUGGGAAUGUAAAUGCUUGAUAAGCAGCUAAUCAUGCACUAGUUAAUCGUGUUUUUAUGUUUCCUUGCUGUUUAGGUAUGUUGCAUUAAAUAUGCUAAUGAAGGCUAUUGCAGUUGAUUCUCAAGCAGUACAGAGGCAUAGGGCCACGAUUUUAGAAUGUGUCAAGGUAUUGAGAUUCUUUUCAUUUUUUGUCUUGUUGAUCUAUUGAACUGAAAGGGACGGAAUUGCAAAUCCGUGUUCAAUAUAUCAACAUAACUUCAUUUUGCUUUUGAAUCGUACAGGAUUCUGAUGCAUCAAUUCGCAAAAGGGCCCUUGAGCUCAUCUUCCUUCUUGUUAAUGAAACAAACAUGCAGUCCUUAACACAGGAACUUAUAGAUUAUCUUGUAGUAAGUGACCAAGAUUUCAAGGAAGACCUUGCUGCGAAGAUUUGUUCAAUUGUGGAAAAGUAAGAAAUUUCCCAUGCUCUGAUGGCUGCAUCAUUUUUCGCUUUAUAAAUAAGUGAUAUGUGCUAUUAUUUCACCUUUUCUUCUCAUGCUGGUGAACCCAUGGAACCACUUAUUGAGGGCUUGCCUUGGGCCAAUUGGCUACUUCAAGGUGGCUGAAUAAAAUAGCAUUCGAUUGGUGAUUUAUAAAUAUCUAGUCUGGCAUUUGAAACAUAAACAACGAUGAUGAACCGACCAUUGUUGAGGCAAUUGUAAUUCAAAUUUCUUAUAUAUGAUCCUAAGAUUGCGGGUGACUGGAGGGAUAAGGUGCUAUGAUUGAAAAGAGGACCAUCUAUCACUGGUACUUUGAUAUAAUAGAAACUGUGUGCUUUUUUGGGGAUGUGAGUGGGGUUGAUUUGGUUUUUUUAGCAUAAAAUUUUGCCUUCCCAUUUUUGUUUACUUUUUAUUAUCUGGGAUGUCUAGUCUGCAGGUGAUCAGAUUAUGUCUUGUUGUAGUUGGGAUUAUGUCUGUGACUCGUUUAUUUGAUGAGGUUGGGGAUCAUUGAUUACGAUUUAGAGAUGUGAAGUUUUCUUGAUGUCCUGGAUAUUUAUAGAGUGCUUGAGGUGAUGACAUGGGGUCGACAAAGGAGAUGAGAAAGUCGCAAGGGAGGAAAGAGAGUCACAGAAGGAAAGGGAAAGACUGAAGACUCAUUAAGGUUGGGUAGAAGAGACUCUCCUGGAUGCUUGUUACAAGUGAUGGGCUUUUAGAAUAUGAACAUGGCCACUGUCCAAGGCAGCUUUCUGGUUUCACUUGACUCACUCAGCAUGUUGACGUGAUGCCUGGCCUGCUUCUAAGUGGCCCAAAAACCAACCUGUCGUGAAUUGGGAUUUUCGUCUAGGCUGACAUCAGGAAAACGAAGAUCUAGUAUCAAAUAUCGUGCAAUCAUCGAAUAAGUGCAGUCGAUAACAACAAUUGUGUUGUGUUUGUGAGCAUGGUGGUAAUCUUAAAGUUGGUGAGAGUUACUGGCAGCAUAAUCAAUUUCCUACGAUUGGAAAUCUGUUCAGCAAGCAUCGGGGUCCUCUGACAAGUGAUGUAAAUUGUGGGAAUAAUUACUAAUGAUGCAAGGGAAUGUAUGAAUUUUCUGACUGGUGUUUUAAAUUUAAAUAGCCACAAGAGGAGAAGAUUAGAACAGGCUGUCACUAUAGAACUGACGCCGUUAUAAUGCUGCCACAUUGGAAACAGUAUAAAAGGCUAUGAUUAUCAUUUUCUGUACUGUCAAAUUAGAUGUAUUCUGAUAUCCAUGGAUUUAAUUACUUCUCAACUUAUGUGGGACUAUGUUGGAAUGCAUGAUUUUAAGGUUGGGAAAUAGUUUUCUGUUGAUUUCGUUACUUACUAUUAUUUAGACUUGUUCCAGUUUUUUAGAUUAUGUGUAUCUUCUAUUUCACGAAGUUUUGCCUUCAAACUUUUCCCUGCUCCUUGUCCUAUGGACGUUUUUGCUGAUUUCUACUGAUCUGUAAUUUACCAUUCAUUUAGAUUUUCCCCGGAGAAGUUGUGGUAUAUCGAUCAAAUGCUCAAGGUUUUGUCAGAGGUAGGCUGGCCUAUUAUGUAUUCUUGUUUAUCAUGGUUCUAGAAUUCAGUUAUUAAAUUUUUUGUCCUCUGACUUUCACAUGGAUGCGCUAUUCCGUAUAUUUCUUAUCAGUUACUGCUAGAAGGCUCCUUGUUGAACAAUUUAUUCCCCCUAACAAGCGCUUGUUUUGUUGAAUGAGGGAGUUUUUUCAGCAAUGUUCAGGUCCAGGAUGUCCUUUUAUUUUUCUGGUACAUACUAAGGCAAUGUUUGUGAGAUACUUGACCUUUGCCAUUGUCGGCGGGGAAUAUCCAGCCCAAGGCUCUUGGUUUGCCAGGGAAAUAGGGAAAGUUGACGCUUUAAGUCAGGACCUAACUGAACUGACCUCUUAUUAGUUUGGGCUUGUCUGCGCGUCUGCAUAUCAGGCUAUUCAUUACCUACUAUUCAUCUUAACCAAAGUGGUCUAGAGUUUAGUAAUUGUGGAGAAAGUGGCUUCUGUGCUUCAGAUUGUCUUGCAAGAUUGUGAACUGUUCUAGCCUUUACGACAAAUCAGUCAUUGGUAGCCCCGAUCUGCGUGCAGGGUGAAAGCUGAAUAUUUUAACAUCUUGAGUUGAACUUAUAUUUUUCUAUAUGCCAAUAUGGACCUGUCAAAUCACAUGGUUUUUUGCUAUCUUUCUAAAUGGGUUUUGGCUUUCUAUGCUUUUUACUUGCCAAUAUAUGUCAUUGAGGGCUCCACAGUAAGGUCCCUUGUUGGCAUGGUCUUUAUAGUUUGGUAUUGUCGUGAUGACCCAUGUCACUAUAACAUGGUUCUUGUUCGACUGCGUUUCGCCCUACAUUUGUAAAAAUUCAUGCCCUCUUUGUGACCAAUAAGUCAUGCCCUUCACCUUAGCAGCCUUUUGUUGCAGUGUGUAAGUGACGAUCUCUUUGUUGUUCUUAAGUCGUCUUUGACAUAUAUUUUAUCUCAAAACAAUAGUGCAGUGAGAAAAAAUGGAACGAUCUACACAAGGUUCAUAGCGGUCUACUUAGAGACUGUCACCAAGAUCUCUUUCACUGUGUACUUUUUGAUUUCAUGGAGACUAGCUCUGUUGUCUUCAGUAAUACUUCUUUGGUCCUCUUGAGCAUACACUUCGGACAUAUGAAAUGCAUGUGCCUCAAAGUAGACUGUUUCGUUGUUGUUUAGAAGUUUGGUGAUGCUGAACAGAUGCUGCCGUUAAUUAUGCUCGAUGUAAUGAGCAUCAAUAAGCUUGCUCUGUCUAUAGUAGCCUGGUUUUUACAUGACAGAAGAAAAACGAAAUGCCCAGUGCCAUAUGAAUGAAGCUUGAAAGUCAGUUCAUGAUUUAACCAAUAUGUCCAGUCGUUUCUGGUCUGUUCUGAGUUCAAAUGAUCACUGUUCUUUGGAGGUGACGUAUUUGGUCAUGAAAUUGGCUCAUGCUCAAGCAACAUAAUGUGCUCAGACAUUUUUAUAUGUCACGAGACAGCGCUGUUUAUCCUUCAAAAUGUUAUAUCUGGAUGUUUGAUAAAAUCAGAUAAAUAAAUUAUUUUUUUUGGUAGGCUGGGAAUUUUGUAAAAGAUGAAGUCUGGCAUGCCCUCAUAGUCGUGAUAAGCAAUGCACCUGAACUUCAUGGAUAUACUGUAAGAUCCCUAUUCAAGGCUUUGCAGACAUCAUGUGAGGAGGUAUUGAAUAAUUCUACCAAAGCUGAGCUUUCUGCAUUUACAAUAUCAUCUGUUUUUAAAUUUUCUGCCGAUAUGUUAUACAGAAAAGCCUAGUUCGGGUAGCAGUGUGGUGCAUUGGUGAAUACGGUGAUAUGUUGAUCAAUAAUGUUGGCGUGCUUGGAAAAGAGGAAACAAUAACUGUAAGUGUUUCUGUUCUUUGUGGGGAAUCUAUUUGAAGUUUCAUUUGAGAUACCCAAAAUCUGACUAUUUCUCUCGUUUAUAUAUUGUUUAUGCAACAUUCCACAAGAGUAUACUUAGUAUCAAACUUCUUGGUUUGAGGGUCUCUUGCAAUACACUUUCAACUCCCGGUCUAUCAGGAGAAAAUAACCCGUCCGAAAAGUUCGUGUUUUUUGCCUUGCUAAUUCCUAAUUAUGAAACGAAUUGUCUAUUAUUUGUUAAACUUAGUGCAAAAUGUCAGACCAAUUCAAUAGUUACAAAUAUGUAGUAUGUCGCAGAAGGUCUGAUGCGGACUGUGAUUUGGAAGGAGCAAGGAAGUUGGGAGCUCGUUCUUACUUUUCCUUUUGAACAAAAAGCCACUUACUUUUAGCUAUUUCCCAUCAGUUGUACUAAAAUGUGGGUGCAUUAAAAAGGUAUAUGAUGUAUUACUUUUAUAAAUCACACCUUUUCUGUUUAUGGCGCAAUAUGCUUUGCUUUUUGGCUUGCUACCAUAAUUUUUCUUUUUUUGUGUGGACACCAUGUGAAAACUAAUUCCUCAAAUAAGAGGCUCUUUUGACUGUUUAACUUGGGUGACCAGAAAAUAGUCUUUAGCUCAUCAGAAACUUUAAUCUGAUUCAGUUUCACGUUCAUGGCAAGUGAUCUUGUUGAUUUUACAUGCAAAAUAUGACACCUCAACUUUAUGGUUUGCAUUUUUUGUUUCUCGCCUGAAAAAUUUUCAUCCUCGUGUCAAGGAUUGCCACAUUAAUUCUUCCCCACUUUUUUUCUUCUGCUUAUAGCUCUAAUUUUCUGUUGCAAAGUCACACUCUCUAUUUUCGCGUGUUCCUGACUCAAAUCAUUAAACACAUCUUUAGGAAUUUCUAUGAUUCAGUCAUCAAGUUUGUCACUGAGUAAUUGCUUCGUAAUAGGAACAGUCAUCUUUUGGUUGAUGCCUCCACCAAUUCCACUAUAAGUUUGAGAGUCCAAACGCCCAUGCUCUCUCAAGAUCACCUUAGCUGAAUUGAUCACUGCCCACAAUCGUGUUGAAAUUUCGCAGAAGUUGUGCUUCAAUUUGCAUGGUUUCUUGAGAUAGAGGAGGAAGGAUAUCCGCUGAUAGAUUUCAAACUCGCUCUAUAGAUGGCUAUUAUUGAUGCAUUCUACUAUAUGAGGGGUUGACUACUAGAGUUGAACAAAGAAGUUUUAAACAAGAGGCUAUAGAUGGUAGUGUUUGGAUGAAGGAAAACGCAGGUUUUUACAAUUGAUUUUUCAAUGUACAAUAAAUUAGUUGCUGAUUUAAGUUGUGUAAGGGUAGAUUAAUGUGAUAUUUCUCUGAAGGGCUCCCUGCUGGUGUAAAUAGUGUUCCGCGCAAGUUCCUUGUAACCAAUUUUUCUUGCUACAUCAUUUCUGCUUAUUGUUUGUUCUUUGGCCAUAUCAGGGUCUUCGAAUUCCAUAAAACCUUGAUACCUUUGGUAUCCUUCUGUUAUGAACGAUUUCCCUGCCUUCACUUCAACAAGUAAUGGAUUGUAUUAGGUCACAUUUGGAUGUGAGCCUUUUAUAUGAUGUAGUUCCCAAGGUUGUUGCAUAAAAAAUUCCACGUCUGACGGGGGAGGAAAAAAUCUUCUAUUUCUGGAUAUCCUUCUCCGCUGUCUUAUGAGGACAUUCUGUAGAUCUCAUGAGCCACUAAUGGUAGGCUUUGUAUUUGAUAUCAUUCUCAUAAUGCUGUUAAAUUCAAUCUCCAUGAUUUUUUCUAAAAUUCAUUGUGGUGUUUCUCCAUCCUUUUUUAAAACGCUUUCCCGUGGGUCUGAGUGCUUUGUGUGAUCAAAUAUGAGUUUUGUUGUCAUUGCAUGUUGGCAGAACAUGAUCAUGUAGACUUUGGCACAUAUCAUAAAUGCUCUAUUAAUUUCGAAACAUUUUCCGCGCAGGUAGCAGAGUCUGAUGUUAUAGAUGUUGUAGAGAUUGCACUGAAACGCCAUUCAUCUGAUGUCACAACACGCGCUAUGUCUCUUGUUGCCCUGUUGAAGCUCUCCUCCCGCUUCCCCACCUGCUCAGAGUAAGUUUUGUGCUCUGCAGAUGAAAUUGUAUCCUAAAGGUCCCACACGAUGUUUAAUUAAUUUAUAAAAACUGUCUUUUUGGCUAAUUAUAUUCAAGGAGAUGUUUUUAGAUAGUCUUCAACAUGUAUAUGUGCCUCUCUGUUUAUAGUACAUUACUGUUGUGUAGGAGGGUUUGUUGAGAGGUGGCUGUUCAUAUGCAUGCUUUUUUUUUCUGAUAUUUAAUGUAUAUAGUGCGUCACCACCUUCAAAAAUCAUUUGAUUUUAUAAGCAAACUAAACACCUGUAAAUUAUAACUUUAGCGACCAUAGUUUAUUGUCUUAAUGAAGAUUAGGCGUUCUGCCUUUCUCCUCUCUAUUUGAUAAAUAAGGUUUAUUUAGUCAAAAAAUUAAUCAAUAUUUUUAAGGAAAAAAGGAUAAUGUUCUUAAGUCAUUUUGCAGGAGGAUACAGGAAAUUAUGAUUCAGCAAAAGGGAAGCCUUGUACUGGAAUUGCAACAGCGAUCUAUAGAAUUUAAUUCCAUUAUCCAGAAGCAUCAGAAUAUCAGGUAAAUGAUGACUUUGUCUUCCGCCUUUUCUCAUAGAGCUCUUUACGCGUGUUAAUCAAAUGUGGCUUCAUGAUUUUCUAUGAAAAAACUCAGAUCAUCUGUAGUGGAGCGAAUGCCUGUCUUAGAUAUGUCUACUUAUAAUUUAAAGAGAGCUGGUUCCUCCCCAGCAAGCAUUGCUAGUGAAAAGGCAACGCAGACAUCUUCUUCAGGAGCUUCCAUCAAGCUUCCAAAUGGAGUCAAUAACCACACUUCAGCUCCCUUGGUGGAUUUGCUUGAUUUAAGUUCUGAUGAUAUUCCUCAAACGAAUUCCUCUACUGGUGAUUUUCUGCACGACCUACUUGGGAUGGAUUUGACGACUCCCUCUUCAACAGGUAUGACUCUCGAUUCCUUCAUCUUUCUGCCAUUUACAGAAUGUAGGAAAAUUUGAGUGCUCUAGCACUGCGGCUUUCUACUUUUAAUAACAUUUUGGUGGAUGAAAGCCAAUCAUAUUUUCAUUUAGUGCCGAUGGACGCCCAGUUCAGCUGAAUGUUAUUGAUGUUAUAGGCGUGGCAAUUAUUACUGUGAUUUUGAUGCCUCUUUAUGCAUGUUGAUUAGAAGUCCUAUAAUCUUGAAGGUCCUUGCAGUUGUGAUCAUAACGUGAAUGCAUUUUCUCUAGCACUGUGUAGACACGAUUUUUUUAUCGAUUGUUGACAUUCUUGUGCACAUUAUUUGAUAGGAUGAAACAUUGUCCCCUCACUGCUUCAGUUAUGGAACUAACUUUUUUUGGACGACACUCAAUGUAGUCUUUGGCCCCGAACUAAUCUACUCAUCACAGCAUCUUCCCAUAUCUCCUUACCCUUGGUAACGAAUCAUUGGGUAUUUCUGCCAAGUAGUUGUGUCACUGUCCAAAUCUAUGGAGAAAGUUGUUUCACAAGUCUACUCAUGGAAUUACGGAACCUGCUUCUUUGAAAAUAAUCGUGAACUUCUUUGCCAUGAAAGAACUUUGUAAAACACGACUUAAGUAUCCAUUCAUUUUUUAUCAACUCCUGAGGAUCGUUGCUUGUCUGAUUCAGACAUCUGUGUGCACGGUUGGCCUUUGUUUCACGAUUUUCCUUCAUUCUUAUAGGUUUAUUAACAAGUGAAAUGAAAGGGAAUCCGUAGACCUAACUCCUGGGUAAUUUUUUUCAGAAAUUUCAUAAUAAUUUAUCAUAUGCUAUAUUUGACCUAACAGCGAUCUACACUUGGAGGUAUGUGCUGGUUUUGGGUCAAAUGCAAAACUGUUUGAGUCAGGAUGGAGAUGGGUAAUUUGCUAGGCGCAUAUUUCUCUGGUGAAAGUGUUUACUUAAGUUGCCAUGCAGAACAACCAAACGCAAUGAGUAAUCUGUAUGACGCUACUUCUGCAAUAGGCUAAGACAUAUAAUCAUGCUUGCAGGUGGUUUUGUAUGGAGAUUUUCUUUGAUUAGAUUGUGUCUCGUGAUUAAUGAAUUCUAGACAUGGUGAUGGAGAGGGUCACACCUCUUGCCGGGACAGUCAUGGUUAUCGUUCUGUGCCUUGAACACUUGGGUUCCUUCUGUUACCGUACUCGCUGUUACCGGGGCCAACCUUCUUUUUUUCUCGAUAAUAGCCUUCCUUAGAGGGAGAACUUCCUAUUUUAUGUAGAACCUUAAAGGGCUAGCUUUUAUUUCACUAUGUUUUCUUACCGGCAGUGGGAAACCAAAGCACAAAGGAAGGUGAACUGUAGCACUCUUUAAGCACCGAUCCACAUUGUUUGUUGAAUCAGAUACCAUUUUCUUUUCUAUUGUGUGGUUAAAAAUAUAGAUUAACGGCAAAAAUGUUAUUUUCAGCCUUUACAGACAUCUUGAAUAGAAAAAGCGCUCCAUUGUGCUUGGCUGUUUUCCUCAGAAUGGUGUUAGAACACUUACAAGUGAAAACCCCCUUUUAUCCCCAUUUCAUAGAACGAUUUUGCCUUUAGUUAUUUUAUUAAUGAGGGAAUUGAACCUACUAAUACUGUAUUUCUUUGUCCAGGAAAACCUGCUGCGGCUUCUGGUGGAGUAGAUAUUUUGAUGGAUCUGCUAUCAGUUGGAACACCAUCUGUACCAACCGAUGUAUUGGCUCCUGAUAAUAUUUCCUUGAAACAGGACAACACACAGGCAAUCGCGUCCCUUGAUAGAUUAUCACUUUCAUCUCUAGCUUCUUCUACCCCUCAGAGAUCACUAUUGGAUUCUUUCCAAGACCCAUCUCAGAAAACAAAGCCAAAUCCUGGAGUGUCCCCGGUUGUUGAUUUGUUGGAUGGAUUUAAUUCCAAUGAUUUAUUACCAAGUAAGUCUUUGAACGUUCUUAAUUUUCUUUUGGGCGUAUGCUUGAUGAUAAGACUUAGUGGUAAUGGUUUUUGUUUUGAAUCAGGAGAAGAAACCCCUGCUUUUCCUUCUAUCACUGCAUUCCAGAGCAGCUCUUUGAAAAUAACCUUCCAAUUCUCGAAGCAACCUGGAAAGCCACAAGUGACUGUAAUCCAAGCAACUUUUACCAAUUUGUCAUCUAAUGAUUACACGGAUUUUCUUUUCCAAGCAGCUGUUCCUAAGGUAAAGUGUAUUAAUCUGAUUUUUUUUUAUUCAAUAUUUUCAGUAUUAUUGUGUUUCAUUUCGUAUAUAUGAUACAUAAUUUUCUUUCUAUACUGCUUUUUUUUUUUACCCGUACCAGAUGAUCCCACAUCACAAUCAAUACAUUUUCCUGUUCCUUGAAUGGUACUUUGGUUAAAUUUAUCUAGUAGGAUCAAAUUUCAAAAUUUAAAGCGUGUUCAAAGUUAUAUCAAGUUUUUUUUUUUUUUUUGAAUUUUAAUAUUUCCUUCAAUCUCAUAUUUUUCUGAAAAUUCAGAAGCAGUUUUUCUAUAUCAUCAAAUUUAGAAUCCUUAGACGGAGCCAUUAGGAGUUCUUCCUCGUAAGCGAGUCAUUAGGAGGAAGGGGUUAGUACUGUUGACUUCUCCUCGUUUGGUAAUAGGGGUUCCCUUGUCAGCAAUCAAAAGAUUAACCUAAUAAAGGAAACUGCCAUACGAUCUACAUUAAUUGGGUUCUGGUGGACAACGCCCAUGAGUAAAUGAUCUGAACGGCAUAUAGCAUACGAUAUGCGAAUCUCCAAAAUAAUGGCGAAAAACAUUUCUCUCUCAUCUGAUAAUGACUCUGAGCGCCCCCACACCACGAUCUAUUUUUAGAAAGAACCAGAGUUUGCUAGAUUCGGAGGUCAGUAGCUGAUAGCGUUGAAGGCCCGUUUCAGUGCAUGAUUUUUCGUGAAUCAGCCGCAUCAUUUUUUCCUUAAAAGGAAAUUAUUCUGCGCAGUUCUGACACAGCAAGCUGCCCUUUUUCGACAGUUUAUCCAGUUACAUCUGGAUCCAGCCAGCAGCAACAUCCUUCCUGCGAAUGGCAAGGGGGCAGUCACGCAGAGCUUGAGCCUCACCAACAGCCAACAUGGGCAGGUACUCGGCUUAGGCUUUCCUUUUCUUCUCGUCUUCUUUCCGUCUCACUUAGGGCUUCGGAGUUGUGCUCUGGAGAAAUAUUUUGAAGAGAAACCCUCAUUUUUCUUCUCUCAGAAAGCCCUCGCCAUGCGGAUGCGGCUUGCCUACAAGGUGAACAACCAGGACACACUGGAGCAGGGGCAGAUCAGUAAUUUCCCUCCUGGCUUGUGA